CCGCCGGCGCCGCCAGGCCGCUCGGGGGACUGGCCCGGGCGGGGCGCGGCGGCAGGAAACGGGGCGGGGACUCGCGGAGGCGUUGGGGAGCGAGGGAGGGCGCGGCCAACUCCCGGAGGGACGGCGGCCGAGAGAGCGGCGCCCCGGCCUGGCGCCGAGCCUGAGCCCGCCGGACGGGAGGCGGCCCCGCCGCGGGCUCGGCCCCGGCCCCAGCCCCGCCAGCAUGGCCGGCCGGACCGUACGGGCCGAGACCCGGAGCCGGGCCAAGGAUGACAUCAAGAAGGUGAUGGCGACCAUCGAGAAGGUCCGGAGAUGGGAGAAGCGAUGGGUGACUGUGGGCGACACUUCCCUUCGUAUCUUCAAGUGGGUGCCAGUGGUGGACCCCCAGGAGGAGGAGCGACGUCGGGCAGGUGGCGGGUCGGAAAGAUCCCGUGGCCGGGAGCGACGGGGCAGGGGUGCUAGUCCCCGAGGGAGUGGCCCUCUCAUUCUGCUAGAUCUCAAUGAUGAGAACAGCAACCAGAGUUUUCAUUCGGAAGGCUCCCUGCAAAAGGGCACUGAACCCAGCCCUGGGGGCACCCCCCAGCCCAGCCGCCCUGUGUCACCUGCCGGACCCCCAGAAGGGGUCCCUGAGGAAGCUCAGCCCCCACGGCUGGGCCAAGAGAGAGAUCCUGGGAGCAUGACUGCCGGCGGCACCGAUGAACCCCCGAUGCUGACCAAGGAGGAGCCUGUUCCAGAAUUGCUGGAGGCUGAGGCCCCCGAAGCUUACCCCGUCUUUGAGCCAGUGCCACCUGUCCCUGAGGCAGCCCAGGGUGACACAGAGGACUUGGAGGGCGCCCCCCCACUCAAGCGCAUCUGCCCAAAUGCCCCCGAUCCCUGAGAAGCCGGCCUGCCUGUCCUGUUGCCCCAAGGGCCCCUUUGGCUUUUUACAAAUAAAGACCCUUUUGUAA